AUGAGAGCGUACUAUGAUGAGAAAAGCGACGAUAAGACAAACAAAGCACAGAAGGACUCAGGCCUAAUGGAAAUAGAUGAAAAUAAAAAAGAAGAUAACUAUGUUUUUAUUGAUGAAAAGUAUAAAGAAUAUUUUGACAAUAUGAGUGACAUAUUUGAAGAGAAAGUCGAAUAUAUUUUAAAAAAACAUUUUAAGAGAAAUGAUCCAACGAAUAAAAAUAAAUUACUGUGUCUAAAUUUAUGUGUUUUAUGGCAAAAAAAUUUUUUAUUACUUUUGAGUAAAUCAUUAGAUGAAUAUGAACAGUACAGGAAAUUAAACAACAACAAAGACAACGAAAAAGGAGUAACAAAUAGUUCAGAAAAGGAUAAUAAUAAUAAUAAUAAUAAUAAUAGAAGUAUAUUAGAAGAAAAUGGGGAAAAUAAAAAUAAAGAAGAGGAAAAGGUGGAAAAGGUAGAGAAUAUGGAGGAGGAGGAGGAGGAGGAGAUGAAAAAAAAGAAAGGAUACGUUGAAAAAGAUUUAAAAAGUUAUAUCAAAAAUGUAAAAAUAGUUGACAGUAAAAAUAUAGAAGUUAUAUAUGACAAAUAUGAUGCAACGGAUGAUAGUAGACCGUCUGCUGAGUUAUCAACAGAUGAAAUUUAUUAUUUAUUAGUGGAAUCUAAAAAAAGUGAAAAUGAGUAUAAAAAGAAAAUUUUCACAUUUUUGAAAUAUUUACCAUUGUUUAUAAGAUCAAUAGAAAAUAAAAGUUUGAUUGAAAAGAAAAUUUUAGAAGAUAAACUUUUACUCAACAGUAUAAAUAGUAAUAACCCCAAUGAGUUGCUGACUAUAAACGACUUGAAUGAGAAUGGGAAUGGUAAUGAGAACGAGUAUGAAAAUGUGUCAUUAUUAGAAAUAAAAAAUAAAUUAGAUGCAAUUGUAAAUUUUAACUGUAAUUUAUCCGAAGAUUUAGAGGUUGUCUUUAAAAAGGGGAUGGGUAUCUUAAACAUGCAAAAAAAUAAGAAGUUUUGUAAUUACAAUCAUGAAUCUUUAAACAGAUAUGAAAAUGAAAAAGCGAAUAACAAAAUGAAUAAUGAAAAGGGGGAAAAAGACCAAAUGCACGAAGAGGACAGAUUUAAUAACUUAGCAGAUAUGCCCAAAAAUUUCUUGAGUAAAAAAAAUAAUAAAUACAGCGGAAACUAUAUCGGAAACUACAGAGGAAACUACAGUGGAAACUACAGUGGAAACCACCACAACAACAAUGGCUAUGACAAUGAAAAUGAUAGGUCGUACAUAUUACCCUUGUCAAGGAUCAAUGAUCUGUCACUUAUCAACAACAUUAGCACCAAGUCGAAUAAUGGAGCGAAGGAUGAAAAUAAUAAAAAUGAAUCUUCUUUUUAUAUUUAUAAAAAUAAUAUGGAAAAUUUAAAUGUAUACGGUUUAGACUUACUGAUCAACUUAAACAACAGUUUGAUAUACAAAAUUAAUCAUAUAUAUAGCCUCGUCCAGUUUUAUACUAUGCUGGCUAAGGAUGUUUUUAACGAGACGUGA